AUGAUCGUUGUAGAACCGCACAAGACAAAGUCUUUGCGGGGUCUGGGAAGCAUAAAUCAGACAAUCAAGCACAAAGAAAUUGCCAACUGGAGAGAACAUCGUCUCGCGCCACGCCUGGAAGCAGCCGCUCAAGCGGGCUACCAAUGCAUCGGCCUAUUCGACGAGUGCUGGGCCGCAUACCUAGAAGAGCAUGGACUACCAGGAGGCCAGCUAUGGGAAGCAACGGCGGAAAACCUGCAAGUGGCUCGAAAGUUGGGGGGUUUGGUAAAGUCCCUGGGCAUGCGAAUCGCUUGUACCCAGCCUCUUCGCAAAAUCGAAGGCAUCAAGGACCCGAUCGAGCGUCGUCACGCUUUGGACCAUGUGGCAAAGCGGUUCCCAUUUAUGCGAGCCUUUGACACUGACUUGGUCUUUAUGUGUGCCAACAUUCGCACCGACGACGGAGUGACGUCCGAUCUCAAAACUGUUGCCAGGGAUUUGGCAGAGCUUGGCGAUUUGGCAGCGGCCCUUUCCUGGGCCUCGCGGAAUACAUGGUCGGCAUCUUGGGAGCCGGUGCGAUUUGCCAACCGCCCAAAUGUUGGGCUGAUUCUCGACGCGUUCAACGUCCUCGCUGUCGGGUUUGCUGAUCCUUACCAUCCGGAUGGACACGGGCGCAUAUAUGGCACACUCGAGGAGUCGUUGGAGGUUCUGACGGGGUCCUUGGCAUCCCUGGUGGCGACAGUCCCCGGCGACCACAUCUUCUUUUUCCAAUGUGGUGAUGCUGAACUGGUAAAUCCCGUCAGCCUUCUUCCGAGAGAUCCAGAUACACCGGCUCUGCUUCCAUGGUCCCGCAGUCAUCGUCUCUAUCCCUUAGAACAAUCUCGGGGAGGUUACAUGCCGGUCGAACUGGUCACUGCCGCUGUGCUGGCCACUGGAUAUCAAGGACCAAUAUCGCUCGAGGUGUUCAAUGUCUCCCUAAAUCAACCUGGCGAGUGUGUACCUGCGGAGCAUGCUAUGCGAGGAAUGAGGAGCCUAAGCAAGCUGGUAGAGACGACCAGAGUGCUGUCUCCGUUCUGGGAGAGACAAGUCGACACCCAGCAUGCUAUGGCCCAAGUGAUUCGCCGACUACGGUUGACGAGCCACCGACUCUAG